GUCGUUUCGUCCGUUCACUAGACCAACUGCUUUGCUCCGUCUUCACGACAUUUUGAUCCAUUUGUUGUCUCGGUCUAUGAAACUGCAAAUCAACGUUAGAAAACGAAACACAAAACCCGCGUGAGAGCUCAUUCUCUCCCUUUCGAUCCACUAAAGGGUUCUUCGGUCUCACUCUCCACAGCAAGGUUCUGUCUUCCAUUUCCCUCAUUAAUCUCCUUUAUUUUUUCUGUUCUUUAUUUUGCCCCAUACAUUGUAGAUCGAAGCAUUAUCCUAUAAUUAACAGCUGAAUUUUGAACCAAAUGACUAGUUGAAGAUUUUCUUAUAUUGGUAUAGUGUAUUUGUCAAAUUCAUCUAAAAGAGAAAACAUGUCUGCGAUUCGAUUUGAUGCAAGUAAGCAAUACUACACGACGAGCAGUCUUGUAGUUGGUUACGCUCUCUGUUCUAGCUUGCUUGCUGUGAUAAACAAGUACGCCAUUACCAAAUUUAACUACCCGGGUCUUUUGACCGCCUUGCAGUACUUGACCUCUGCCCUGGGCGUUUGGGUUUUGGGCAAAUUUGGCUUUUUACAUCACGAUCCCUUCACUUUUGAUAUUGCCAAGAAGUUUUUACCGGCUGCAAGUGUCUUUUAUCUUGCCAUUUUUACAAACACUAAUCUUUUGCGUCAUGCCAAUGUGGAUACGUUUAUAGUGUUUAGAUCAUUGACACCACUUUUGGUUGCUAUUGCUGAUACCGCUUUUAGAAGGCAACCUUGCCCAUCAAAGCUUACGUUUUGUUCACUGUUGGUUAUUUUGAGUGGUGCUGUUGGGUAUGUGGCCACGGAUUCGGCUUUCACUUUGACUGCCUAUUCGUGGGCAUUUGCUUAUUUGGUGACAAUUACUACAGAGAUGGUCUAUAUUAAACAUAUGGUCACCAAUCUUGGAUUGAAUACUUGGGGUUUUGUGUUGUACAACAAUUUACUCUCGUUGAUGAUAUCGCCAGUGUUUUGGUUUUUAACUGGGGAGCAUGUUGAUGUGUUUGCUGCUCUGAGUGCACGUGCUGGGGGUUGGUUUGAUAAUGAAGUAUUUUUCGCAGUUGCUCUGUCAUGUGUGUUCGGUUUGCUUAUUAGUUUUUUUGGAUUUGCGGCAAGGAAGGCAAUAUCUGCAACAGCAUUUACGGUGACUGGUGUGGUUAAUAAAUUCCUUACAGUUGUGAUCAAUGUGCUGAUUUGGGAUAAACAUGCCAGUCCUUUUGGUUUGGUUUGCCUUCUCUUAACAAUUGCUGGAGGUGUUCUUUACCAGCAGUCAGUUACUGGACCUGUCAGUGCUCCAUCACAACGUGAUCAAACUGUAUCAAAGCCGAUCAACGAUGAAAAUAUUAAUGAUGAUUUUGUUGAAAAUGAUCAAGGGAAGAGCAUACCUGGUAAACAUACUUCUGUAUGAAUACUCCUGGUCCCUUUUAGUUAAUUCUUUAGCCAUUGGGAUGUAAGAAAUUUUAUCUCUAGUAUUCAAUUUUAUAAUCUUAAGUA